GAUCAAAAACACAACAUACUGGAAGGAAUGGCUGCUGAAAUAUAUAAGCAUAAAGCUUAUCCUAGUACUAAAAAUAUUGUCAUGGCUGCAGAGGCUUUGGUGAGCAAACAUCCCUGUCUAAAAGAAAAAGGUUCCAAAACAGGGUAUGAGGGUUGGAAGAACAGCCUGCGUUUCAAGAUGGGCAACUACAGGACCAAACUGAGCAGGGCAGGCAUUAAGGAUGUGGCUGUGAAUGCAGGAAAGCGCAGCAGGACCUAUCCAGAAGGUGGAGCAUCCAGGGCCAACAUCAAAAGACCCAGAAGAGGAGAAAUAAACUUCCUGCCCAGUUAUCCCCAACGAGAAACUAAGGACACACUGGAGAACCAGAGGCUUGAGAUGGUGGAGCAGUUCAAGAAGACGGUGAUUGAUAGAGACAUGAUUAUGAUCCAUCAACAUAUGCAGCGCACCUUUGCACUCAGGCGUGAAGAAAUUGUAAAUUCAGCUCCUCCCAUUGCUGAACUGAAAGACAGAUGGCCUGCACUCUUUUGUGAAGCCCAACUCUACAGUGAAUUCCACAGGAUCACCAAUCAAAAUCUACCGUAUUCCUUCUUUGUUGCACUUGACAAGUACACACCUCAGCUGUUGAAGCUACAAAAAGAGGAAGACUGGAGGUUUUGGCGAGAAGAUGGAGGAAGUUUUGAUGGCAUAUGA